GCAGCUGGAGGCGCUGCCGCUGGAGGCGCGCCCGGCCGCCCUCUCCGGCGCCGCCGCCGCGAUCGCUCAGCCCGUCCAGGAAGUCCAGAAGAGCGUCGCCGCCCUCGAGCAGAGCGUCGUCCUGCUGGAGAGCGUCGGAGAGCCAGAGGCCGUCAGGAAGAGGAGCCUCGAGUCGCUCAAGGCCGUCGUCACGCCGGUGGACGAGCUGCAGCGCAGCCUCACCCAGAUACAAGAGGAGAUGCAGGUGAAGCACGCACAGCAGGUGGAGUCCACCGGCACCGACCUGGAGAUAGUGGAGUCGAUGGUGGAGCCCCUGGCGCAGCUGCAGCGCAACCUGGCGGCCCUGGAGCAACGGGUCGUGGCGCAGGUGGUCGACCACGAGGAGCAGCGGUCGCUGCUGCAGGAGGUGGCGCAGCCGCUGCACGACCUACAGGCUGCACUCAUCAGGAUAGAGCAGAAGGUGGCCCUGGAGGCGGAGGGGGACAGCAGCGGCGGCGGCGCGGAGGAGCAGGUGCUGCAGGCGCUGGCGCGGCCUGCGGAGGUGGUGCAGCGCGGCAUCACGCUGGUCGAGCAGCAGGUGAUCCUGGAGGCGAUGGGAGAGCCGCUGUCGCCCUCCGCCUGCGUCUCCGUGCUCGCCAAACUCGCCGAGCCGCUCACCGAGCUCCACAGGGGCGUCGCGCUCGUCCAGCAGCAGGUUGUGCUCGGAGAGCGAGCAGAGGCCCUAUCUCAGAAGCCGGCAGCGGUGGCAGUGCUGGCCCGGCCCCUGGAGGAGGUGAGCCGCGGCCUAGCGCAGGCCGAGCUCCAGCACCUGCUGGAGGCUCCAGAGGCGACGCUGUCCAGCGCCAGCGACGUGGUCUCGCUGCUCCAGACGUUCGCAGAGCCGCUGCGCGAGCUGGAGAGGAACGUGGCGCAAGUCCAGCAGCAGGUGGCGCUGGAGGCUAAGGGAGACUCGCUGGCAGACAGGACCUCAGCAUCCGUGCUGGAGACGCUGGCCCAGCCCUUGCGAGAGGUGCAGCGCGGCAUAGCGACGGUGGAGCAGCAGGCGGCGCUGGAGGCCGCCGGACGAGUGUCUGCGGCCGAGGGCCUUUCACUGCUGAAGGAGGUGGCGCAGCCUCUGAGGGAGCUGCAGCUCGCUGUGGCGACGGUGCAGCAGCAGGUCCUGAUGGAGGCCAAGGACGUUUCCAUCUCAGACGCGACCGACAUGUCCGACCUAAAGACUGAGGUGGUGUCGACAGAAGAGCCUCUCAGGCAGGUAGCUUCCAAGCAGCAGGCAGACGUUCUGGAGGCGAGGGACGCAUCACUGUCCGAAAACGAGGGUGUGUCAGCGCUGAAGACGUUAGCAACUCCAGCUGAAGAAAAGAGACUAGCAUUGGCAACAACAGAACAGCAGAUAGUCAUGGAAGGAAAAGAGGUUUCUCUCUCUGGAAAGGAAGACAUUUCUGCUCUCAAGGCUCAAGCGGCACUCCUCAAAGAAACACACACGGCUGCAGUGGCUGUCGAACAACAGACUGCAUUAGAAGCGAAAGGCACCUCACUUUCAGGAACGGCUGACGUCGCCAAGCUAAAGGAGACGGCUAAAUCUGCCGAAGAACCUCUGAAAGCCGUUGCCAUAGUACAGGAACACGUUAUCUUGGAAGCAAAAGACGAAUCUGUCUCUGAUGGCACAAAUGUCUCGCAGAUGGAAACCUUGGCUUCUGUGUCCGAUGAACACAUCCGCCAUGUCGCUGGAGUGCUGCAGCAAACUGCUUUAGAAGCGAGGGACGCAUCUAUUGCUGAGCAGCUCGGUGCAUCAGAACUGAAAACUGCGGCUGUUUCCACAGAAGAGCAGCAAAAAGGUAUAGCAACCACUCGAGAGGAAAUAAUCUUAGAAGGGAGAGAGCAGUCACUGUCUGAUCAGGAGAGUGUUUCACAACUGCGAACAGAGGCGUUGGAAUUGUCAGAAGCUCAAAAGGGAAUUGCGGUAGCUGAACAGCAAGUGGCACUCGAAGCCAGAGAGCAGUCUCUUUCUGACAAAGAGAGCGUGUCUCGUUUGAAAGAAGUGGCUGCGCCCGGCGUAGAGUUUCACGGAAUCGCAACUACAGACGAACCGACUGUGCUCGAGGCUGCCGGCCAAAGUAUUUCUGAGGAAAGUGGCAUAUCUAAGCUUAAAACGGCCGCAAGUCCUACAACAGAAGCUCAGAAAAUGUUAGCUACAGCACAGCAAGAGACGGUUCUCGAGGCGAGGGACGAGUCGUUCUCCGAAGCUGGAGGUCUAUCUGAGCUGAAAAAGCAAGCUGAAUCUGCCCAGGAAUCGCUGAAACAGGCUGCUGUAGCUACUCAACACGAUGUAAUGGAAACCUUUAAAGAGUCGGCAGUGGGGGAAAGAACGGAGGCUGAACCGGAGACCUUCGCAGUGGCCUCUCAAGAGCCGACGAGAGCCACCGCUGUAGCAGAGCAGCAGCAAGUCCUGGAACAGAGAGAAGCGUCACUGUCGGAAGGGCCGAGCGUGAGCCAGCUGAAGACGACUGCCGAGUCGCUGAAGGAAGAGCUCAAGGCGGUGGCCGUUGCAGAGCAGCAGGUCAUUCUCGAAGGUAGGGACAAGUCGCUGGCAGAUGAGGCCAGCCUGUCGAAGCUCGAGACCCUGGCGAUGCCGGCGUCGGAGCUGGCGAAAGAGACGGCAGUUGCGGAACAGCAGGUGGUGCUAGAGGGCGGGGAAGUGGCCAUGGCCGAGGAGGCGAGCGCGUCCCAGCUGCAGACGCUGGCUCGUCCAGCGGAGGAGCUGCACCGCGCGCUCGCCGCCGUCGUGCUGCAGACGACGCUGGAGGAGGCCGGAGAGGCAGUCCCUGCGGCGCCGCUGCUGGAGGCUCUGGCACAGCCGCUGCGCGAACUCAGGCAGGGGCUGGCCGUCGUCGAGCAGCAGCUGCCGCUGGAGCAGGCGGUCCACCGGCCGGAACCGACACCAGCUGACGCCUUAUUUGCGGUUGCGCGCCCGGUGCACGAUCUGCUGGAGGCGGUGGCGGCGGCGGAGCAGGUGGUGCUGGAAGGCGCUGGCGGCGGCAGUCCUGCGGAGGCGGCGGAGGCGCUGCACGCGCUGGCCGCGCCGGUGCAGCAGCUGCAGCGCGCGCUGGCGGCGGCGGAGGCCGUGGCGCAGGGCGGCCCGCCUCUGGAGGCGGCGCAGCAGCUGCCGCCGCAGCGGCUGGAGGCGCCGCAGCUGGCGCGCGUGCUGACGCAGCUGCAGCGCGACCUGGCCGUCGUCUGCCGCCACGACCACGACCUGCUCGAGACCGCCGCCUCCGACGACGACGACGCCACGCUGCGCACCGCCGACCUGCCCACGCUCGCCUCUUCCGGGGAAGCCUCCGGCGCCAUCGCCGUGGCCGACAGGCUGUCCGUGGUGACGCUGGAAGGCGACUUGGACACGCUGUCGGACCGCACGGAUUCGGCGACGGCGGCCGUGUCGGGGGCGGAGCCGCGCCUCGCCGUGGCCGCCGUGCAGCGGGUGGCCGUCGUAGAGGCGGAGGAGGUGCCGGCGCAGGAGGCGGCGGCCGCGCCCACGGCGGCGCUCCCAGAGGCGGCGGUGGCGGCCGUGGCGGCGGUGGGGGCGGCGCGCCGCGAGGCGGCCGUCGCGCUGCAGCAGAGGCCGCUGUCCGCCGCGGCGUCGCUGGCCGACGUCAGCGGCGCGGGGGCGGAGCUGGAGGCGCGCGCGCAGGAGCUGACGGAGCAGCGGCCGCGGGCCACCGUCACCGAGCACCGCGUCGCCCUCGCAGAGCCGCUGGAGGGGCAGCGGGAAGGCGCCGAAAGCCAGCAGACCGAAACGGGGAGAGUUGGGGGCGAAGAGCAGGUGGACAUUACGCAGAAGGCGGAGGACGAACGAGGUCUAGCAGCCACUGAGUCCUCAACACAGGAAGAAACUAGAAAAGAACAGCUUACUGAGGAAGUAAGACGUAAAGAGCUGACUGCAGAAAAAGUUGACAAGGAAUCUGAGAAGGCACUGCUGAAGGAUGAUGCAGCUAAGCAAGAAGAAAAGCCAAAAGUUGUCGCGGAAAAAGCAGGAAAGGAAACAGAAGAAGAUAAAAGUAAAAUUGACGAAACGAAAGACGAAACAGUGCUGAAAUCUAAGAUCAAAACAAAAACUGAAAUAGAGACUGAAACUGAAAUAGAAAAAUUGCAAUCGGAGAAAGAAGGAAAGAAAAUACAAGAACAAGAUCUGAAGAAUAAAGAAAAGAAAACAAAGGGAGAUAAAACUGAAGUUGAGGCAAAAAAAGCUGACGAAGGUAUGGCUGCAGGAAGAACAGAACAAGAAAUUAAGCCUAGAGAACAAGUGACAGAAGGGAAGGAUACAACAGAUGUCGAAGUAGAAGAACUGAAAGGUGACAAAACUAAAGAAAAAGCAAUACAACAGACUACUACUAAGGGAACAAUUGAUGAUCGCGAAGUGUCCGAGCAAGUGAAAGACGCAGAUAGAAGACAGGACAAAGUCGAAUUUCAGUCAGAGACAUUGCCUGUAAAAGAAGUUGAUGACAAGAAUAAACAAAAAGGGGAUUUGGAAACACCGGAGAAAUCUACCGAAAGAAUGGAUGAAAAUAAAGCAAAAGAAAUUGAUAUAAAGGCGGAAGUGCAACUAAGAGGAAAGGAAGAAAAGAAACCAUUGGAUGAUAUUACAGAAAAAAGAAAAAUUUCUGAAACGUCUGAUGAUACUGGAAAGGAAGAGCUCAAGAGGAAGUCUAGUCCAAAGGGUAAGAAACCGUCACCUAAGAAGAAAACAGAAGAAUUAAAAACUGAAGUCGGCGGAGAAAUGAAAACAGCGGAGGAGCCAGCUCCUGCAAAUAAAGAAGCUUUAGAGGAUAAAGCGAAAGAAGAACAGAUAAAACCAUUAGACGACGAGGAAAUGAGAAAAGAGGAAGAACAAAAGAAAAGCGCAUCAAAGUCUGAGAAAUCUGAUGCUAAAACAGAAGACCUUGAGAAGAAGGAAGCCCCAAUGCUUAAGAAACUGUCGCCUAAGAAGAAACAACAAGAAGAAAGCAAAACUAAAGUUGAAACACCGAAAAAAACCGUUGAGGAAUCAGAUGAUAAAGAUAAACGAGGAUUCGAGCAAAAAUUGAAAGAUGAACGUGGAAAGCCGUUAGCUGAUAUUGAAGAAUAUAAGAAAGAGGAAGAUACUAAAAAAAGUGAGCCAACAUCUGAAAGAAAUGAGGAGGCUAAAGCAGAGGAACUCAGAAAGGACACUCCAAGGCUGAAGAAACUCUCACCUAAGAAGAAAAAAGAAGAAGAUAAGAGCGUGCCUAAAGAUGAGGAAAAACAGAAAACUGCAGAAGAUUCUGAUCUUAAGAAUAAAGCAGAGUUAGACCAGAUAUCAGAGGUAACAAAAUCUCUUGACGAUAUUGCAGAAAAGCAAAAAGAAGAAGACAAGAAGAAAAGUGAUCUGAAACCUGAAAAGGCUCAGGAAGACGCAACAGAAGAAAUCAAGAGGAAGGAAAGUCCAAGACAUAAGAAGUUGUCACCAAAAAAGAAAAAAGAAGGAGAGAAAAGUAUCUCUAAAGAUGAGGAAGAACGGAAAACUACAGAAGAAGCUGACGUGAUAAACAGAGGGGAGGUUGAUGAGAAAUCGAAGGAAAUAAUUAAAUCUCUUGAUGAUAGCGCAGAAAAGCAGAAAGAAGAAGAGAAGAAGAAAAGCGAUGUGAAAUCAGAAAAGGACCAGGAAGCUUCAACAGAAGAACUCAAGAGGAAGGAAAGUCCAAAACUUAAGAAGUUAUCACCAAAGAAGAAAAAAGAGGAAGAGAAGAGUAUAUCUAAAGAAGAGGUAGAACAGAAAACCACGGAAGAAUCUGAUCUUAUAAGUAGAACUGAAUUAGACCAGAAAUCAAAAGAAGUAACAAAAUCUGUUGGUGAUAGCGCAGAAAAGAAGAAAGAGGAAGACAAGAAGAAAAGUGAUGUGAAAUCAGAAAAGGACCAGGAAGCUACAGCAGAAGAACUCAAGAGGAAGGAAAGUCCAAGACUUAAGAAGCUAUCACCAAAAAAGAAAAAAGAAGAAGAGAAAAGUAAAGCAAAGGAAGAAGAAAAUCUCAAGGAAAGUAAAAUAGACAAGAAAGUAGAAGACCAGAAAGAGAUACAAGACACAAAAAGUGAAACGCUUAAGAGAGCAGAAGAUGCAGAAGUAAUUGCGAAAAAGAAAGAAGAUACUAAAGAUGGAAAAACACAGAAAGAUGAUAAAGUAGAAGAGAAGAGACAUACAGAAGUUGCAACUACGGACAUAAGCGUUGAGCAGCAGAAAAAGGAGGAAACCGAACAGGUGCAAUCGAAACAUCGUGAUGAACAAGCAAAGAAAACCGACGAACAGGGAGGUGAAAAAGUUUAUCGUAAGGAAGUCUCAGAAAGUAAAAAACAAGAACAAGACUUGAAGAAAGAAGUUCCAGGUGAAGCAACAAUAGAAGAAGUGCAAUCAAGUCAAACAGAGAUACCGAAACAAGCAGCAGAGAAACUGAAGGACGAUGGCAAACAGAAACAAGAUGAAAAAGAAAUUGACGAAGUUGGUAAUCGGAAGGGCACUAAAAAAGACGAAGCAAAAUCAAAGAAGAGAAAAGAGUCCCUGUCAGAAACAGUAGUGAAGAAAGAAAAAGAAAAGACUGAAGAUAAAUUAGAAGACCAUAAGGCAGUAAUUACAAAAGAUGGAGAAGUAAUGGGAGAACAUGCAGAUGUAAAGCUCAAGGAAAAGAAAGAAGUAGAAGAUGAGGCGCAGAAGUUGAAAAAAGAAGAAACUGACAAACUCAAAGGCAAGGAUUCUAAGGUGAAGUCAAAGGAGAAGGAAAAUGACCUAAAGAAGGAAAAAGAAGAAGAGAAGAAAGAGCAAACAACCGAACCUGACAAGCAUGAAGAUUCAAUUACAAUUUCAAAAUCGAAACAGGCCGCAGAGCAAAAACAAGAUGCUAUAGAUGGAACAACGGAAAAGAAGAGUAUUAAGCAAAAGCAAGACGUCGUCCAAAAAGAUAUGGGAAAGGAAGAAGAGGGCAGUAAACAGAAGCCUGCAGAAAGGAAACAAGAAGAAAAGAAAAGUAGCGAGCAAAGAGAGACUGAAGAGAAGGAAAAGGUCCCACAGGUUAAGAAACGCGGUAGCAAAAAGAAAGAGGUGUCUGAAUCAAAGGAAAUAGCAGACAGUCAGAAAACAGCUAAAUUAGAGGCGAAAAAAGAUAGUGGAGAAUCUGAAGGAAAACCAGGCGAACGUGAACCGGGAGUAGAAGAAACGAAAAAGAAAAAAGAGGAUGCGAAACGAGAAAGUAAAGUGGACGAAACUUUCGUGUCUAAAGGUACCGGGGAGGAAAGUGGAAAGGUUGAUGGUGAAGAAAGAACGAAGAAACGGGAAAGAGAAAGUAGCGAAAAAUUAGUUGAUGAUAAAGCAACUGAAAAGAAGUCUGAGAUCAAAGAACAGGUAGCAAAACUGUCAGAGAGGGAAGUUAAAGAGGUAAAGGAAGUAAGUGGUAAGGAAAGGAAGGACACAAGUGAAACUGAAAAUGAAGGUAAGGUAAGAAAAAGAAGAUCAGUUAAAGGUAAGGUGGAGAGGAAAGAUGAAGAAGAGCCAGUGAGCGACACUGGUAUCACAAAGGGAGAGGACUCAGUGGCAGACAGCAAGUCGUACUCAACCGAAAAAAUGAGCGACAGGGUGUUGGCGAGAAAAGAGGGUGUUGCCGACGAAUCCGACGUCUCCUCUAGGAGGAGAGAGGUUGCGGCGGACAGGGCCCGUUCUGAAGAGGUCGAGGAUUCAGACACGCUUAGCGGGCCCGGCGCAACCCUGCUCCCGGAGGACUCUGACAUCUCCCUGGAGGAGCCGUCCUCACGCUGGCAGCGCCGGCGUCCCUGGAGAACCGAAGAUCGGUCCAGGUCCUCCGACAGCAGCGCCACCAUCACCUCCAGCAGCGGUCGCCGCCCCAGGCUCGACAUGCUGAGCAGCUCGGCGAGCAAGCCGCAGUUCGUGACGCGGCUGCGCGAGCGUUCUGCGGCGGCGGGCUCGCGGCUGCGGCUUGUGUGCUGCGCGCUGGGCUCGCCGGCGCCCGCCUUCCGCUGGCUCAAGGACGGCCGCGAGCUGCCGGCGGGCGAGCGCCGCCGCUACCGCACCGCCUGCGACCACUCCGGCCUCGCCACCCUCGAGAUCUUCAGCGCCGCGCCCGAGGACGCGGGAACCUACUCGUGCGAGGCGUCCAACGAGGCCGGCUGGGCCUCCACCAGCGCCGAGCUGCGAGUCACCGACCACCUGCAGCCGACGCCCGCGCCGCCCACCUUCACCAGGGCCAUCCGCGACUCGUACCGCUCCAGCGAGGACGAGCUGGUGCUGGAGUGCCGGGUUCGCGGCUCGCCCGCCCCCGCCGUCAGCUGGCUCAAGGACGGCCGGCCGCUGCCGCUGGCGGGCGCCGGCGCUGCCGACGCGGACGUCGACGGCCGCUUCUCCGCCAGCGAGCUGGCCGACGGCGUGUGCCGGCUGGUGGUGCGCGCGCCCUCCGCCCACGCCGACAGCGGCGUCUACACCUGCGUCGCCCGCAACGAGCUCGCCGAGGAGCGCGUCUCCGCCAACGUCGUCUUCCCAGGUCGUGACCAGUGGCCGGAGGGACCUGCAGACUUUCGAAGACCUUAUUUUACUAGUGUGCUCUCCGACCACUACGUCUCCAGCGGCGCCACCAUCGCACUACAGGUCCAGAUCGCUGGCUCGCCGCAGCCGGCGGUGUCGUGGACGCUGGACGGGCACCCGCUGCGGCCGCCGCUGGCGCGCAGCUGGGAGGAGUCGGGCGUGCACACGCUGCUGCUGAGCGGCGCCGCGACGCCCCGCGACGCCGGCGUCUACCGCUGCCGCGCGCACAACGCCUGGGGCGUCGCCGAGUCGGCGGCGCGCGUCAUGGUGGCGGAGGCGGCGCGCGGAGUGCGGCCGGCGCUCUUCAUCACCCGGCCGGACUCCGACGUGAGCGCCGCCGUCGGGGAGGACGUCAGCGUCUCCUUCCGCGUCACCGGCGAGCCCAGGCCGCAAGUGACGUGGUCGCACGGUCUGCGCGACGUCACGCACAGCGCUCGCACCCUCAAGGAGACGAGCGACGACUACGUCCGCCUGACGCUGAAGCGCGCGCGGCCCUCCGACGCCGGCACCUACUGCGUGCUGGCGCGCAACGUCUACGGCUGCGACCGCGCCUUCUUCACGCUCAAGGUCAGACAGCGAGCCCGUUCUUUGACACCAGGAGCAGAGUCACGUUUGCGAGAGACCACCGAAGAGAUCCUGAGGGACAUCAGGGAUUCUGAGGAGAGAGAACGGCGGAAAGAUGUGCCGGUGGCGAUCUCGGCGGAGCCGGUGGUGUCUGACCAGGGCCGCAACUGGCUGACGCUGACAUGGCCCAAGGGCGAGGCGCGUGGUGGCGUCCCCGUGCUGGCCUACCGAGUGGAGGCGUGGCAGCUGGGAGGCGACGCCGCCGGCUGGACAGAGCUGGGCGUCUCGCCGAUCAACAGCUACGACGCGUUCAACCUGAAGCCCGGCGCCGAGUACAGGUUCCGCGUGACGCCGCGCAACCGCUACGGCUGGGGCGAGUCGGUGGCCACCAGCUCCCCCGUCACCGUGGGCCGGCCGCGGGAGCUGCCAGAGUUCGUCGCCAUCCUGCCGGGCCAGCUGAAGGCGCUCGCCGGCUCCGACAUCACGCUGGAGUGCCAGGUGCGGGGAGAGCCGGCGCCCGAAGUGCGCUGGUACCGCGACGGCGGCGAGCUGGAGGAGGACCCGCCUCGGCUGACGCUCCAGCAGGAGGGCGGCCGCUGCCGGCUGGUGCUGCGCGCCGCCGCGGAGGCGGACGCCGGCCGCUACAUGUGCGACGCCGCCAACAGCGUCGGCCGCGUCUCCACGUUCGCCCGCCUGCAGGUCGUUCACGACCCCAGCCUGCUCGAGGCCGACUCCAAGCUCAAGAGGGAGGCGGCGGAGGCGGGCGAGGGCGUGGAGGCGGCGCCGCAGUUCACGAUGCGGCUGCGCGACCGGCGUGUGCAGGUGACCUACCCGGUGCGGAUGACCUGCCAGGUGGCCGGCUGGCCCGCCCCCACCGUCACCUGGACCAAGGACGGCGCCGACGUCACGCCCGACGACCGUCGCUCCAUGACGAGCGACGAGGCCAGCUUCCACACGCUGGAGCUGUCGCACGCGGCGCUGGAGGACUCUGGCGAGUACUGCGCGACGGCGCGCAACGCGCACGGCGCCGUCUCCUGCCGCGCCACGCUCGUCGUCGACAAGGGCAUCCGCGCCUACGUCGCGCCCGACUUCGUCUUCGAGCUGGAGCCCGCCGCCGCCGCCGUCCCCGAGGGCGGAGAGCUGCGCCUGCGCGCCCAAGUCGAGGCCUACCCCGCCGUCGGCGUCAUGUGGCACCGCGACGGGGUGCGUCUGCGGCCGAGCCGUCGCGCCGUCAUGACGCUGGACCACGACGGCGCGGUGCAGCUGUCGCUGGGCGGCGUGACGCGCCGCGACGCCGGCGUCUACACGUGCACCGCCACCAACGCCGUGGGCCGCGCAGAGACCAGCGCCACCGUCACCGUGCUGCCCGCCGACGCCGACGCCGCCCCCGCCACCGACGACGAUGCCACCACCGACUCCGUGCAGCGGACGCCGCAGCUGCUCACGCCGGACGUACCGUACUCCCAGGAGCCGAUGUUCCUGACGAAGCCGCGCUCGACCGAGGCCCGCGAGGGCGACACCGUAGUCAUCCAGUGCGAGGUGGUGGGCGACCCCAAGCCCGACGUCUUCUGGCUGCGAGACUUCCUCAAGCCCGACUACUACCGGGACGCGGCGCACUUCCGCCGCCAGGGUGACGGCCCGUGCUACCAGCUGGAGAUCCCGCACGCCAAGCUAGACUUCACCGGCGCCUACUCCGUCGUCGCCCGCAACUGCCAUGGGGAGGCCAAGGCCGUGAUCUCGCUGCAGAUCUACGCCAAAGGCCAGGGCAAGGAGGACGGCAUGGAGCCGAGCAGCGUCACGUACGGCCGCGUGCAGACGCUGCCGUGCGUGCGGCGCGCGCUCGCCGACCGCCGCUGCUGCGACGGCGACGCCGUGACGCUGGAGUGCCGCGUGUUCGCCACGCCGCUGCCCGACGUCCGCUGGGAGAAGGACGGCCGGCUGAUCCCGCUGGGCGGCGACUUCGUGGCGGAGGUGGAGGGCGAGACGGCGCGGCUGAGCAUCGCGCACGUCUUCCCCGAGGACGAGGGCCAGUACACGUGCGUCGCUUCCAACGCGCUCGGCUCCGCGCGGACCUCCGCGUGUCUGCUCGUCGACGUGCCGGAGGAGAAGGAGACGCUGCUGUCGAGGCAGCUGUCGCGGCCGCCGGCGCUGCUGUCCGCGGGUUCGACUCCCCGCUCCACGCCCAGGACCACGCCCACCAGGAGCCAGUCGCCGACCGUCUCACGUGAACGGCGGCGGCCGGCGACGCCGGCGGGCCGGCGGGCGCGCGCCGCGGCGCCGCCGCGCUUCUACGCCGUGCCGCACAACCGAGUGGCCGAGGAGGGCGAGACGGUGCGGCUGCAGUGCGCGUGCGCCGGCCACCCGCAGCCCUGGACCACGUGGCACAAGGACGGCCGCGAGCUGGCCCACACGGCGCGCGUGCGCGUCUCCGAGCGCGACGACCUGCGCCUGCUGGAGAUCCGCGAGGUGACGCGCGACGACGCCGGCCUCUACCGCGUCACGCUGGAGAACGCGCUCGGCCGCGUCCAGGCCUCGGCGCGCAUCGACGUCAUCGAGCGCCGCGGCCGCAGCAGCACGGGCGUGCGCGCGUGGAGCGCGUCGCCGCGCACGUCGCCCACGCCGGGCCGCCGCCUGGGUCCGGCGCCGCAGCUCACCGCCUACCGCGCCGCCGCCGCCGCCCCCAGCGCCUACUCCGGCUACUCCUCCUCCUACAGGCGCGCCGGCGCCGGCGACGGCGACGACCAGCCGAUGGACGGCGACGUCGAGGAGGGGGAGGCGGGGGCGCGCCAGCAGCAGCCGCAGCCGGUGUUCGCAGAGCCGCUGCCGCCGACCUGCACCGCCGUCGAGGGCUCGCCGCUCGAGCUGCGCGUCCGCCUACACACAGAGGGCGAGCAGCUGUCGGUGACGUGGUCCCGCGAGGGCGUGCCGCUGCCCGACUGCCGCGACUUCCGGUACGGCCGCGGGCCGGCGGGCCGGCGCUCGCUGCUGCUGUGGGACGUCUUCCCGGAGGACGCCGGGCUGUUCCGCUGCGAGGCGCGCGGCCAGGGCGGCCGCGUGCUCGCCGUCUCCUGCACCAGGCUCUGCGUCCUCACAGACUGCGAGGCGGCAACGCCCUCCGCGGGUGACGGUCGCCCCCAGCAGCAGCAGCAGCAGCAGCAGCGGGCGGCCGCCUUCCUGAAGAGCCCGGCGCCAGUGAUGUCGCGGCCCGGCGCCAGCGCCAGCUUCGUGGCGCGCGUGUCUGACCCGCGCGCAGCCGCCGACGUCGUCUGGACUGUGGCAGGCCGCGACGCCGCCACCUGCUCCAGGUGCCACGUGGAGACGACUGGGGACGAGAGCGUGCUGACGGUGCGCGACGUGCAGCCGCAGGACGGCGGCGCCGUCGAGUGCUCGCUGGCCGGCGGCGGCGCGGGGGCGGCGGCGGCGGAGCCCGCCUCCCUCACCGUGCUGCAGCCGGAGGAGGAGGGGGAGGAGGAGGAGGAGGAGGGAGAGGGAGGGGAGCCGGCGGCGGUGACGCGCGGCCCUCGCGACGUGGUGGCUCUGCGCGGCGACACGGCCACGCUGAGCGCCGCCUUCCGCGGCAGCCCGCCGCCCACAGUGCGCUGGCUCAGGGCGGGCCGGGAGCUGUCGGCGGGCGGCAGGCUGAGCAUCGAGACGGCGGGCGGCGAGUCUCGGCUGACGCUGUCGCGCAUCACGGCCGACGACAGCGGCAAGUACGUCGUGUGCGUGGCCAACGCGCUCGGAGAGGACUGCCACUACGCCUCGCUCGCCGUGGAAGGGCCGCCUGACCCACCCAAGGGCCGCCCCAGUGUGUGUGCGGUGAGUGGCGGCCCGGACUGCCAGGGCGCAUGCGCACUCGUCGCGUGGUCGAGCGCCCCCUACGACGGCGGAUGCAUCGUCACCGGCUACAGCGUAGAGAUGCGUCGCGCAGACGAAGACCACUGGACCACCGUCGCUGACAGCUGCCUGUCGCUGUCGCACCACGUGUCGGGCCUGAGCGAGGGCUACGACUACCAGUUCCGCGUCCGGGCGCACAACCGCCACGGCGCCAGCGAGCCGGGCCUCGAGACGCCGCCCUUCGCAGCUGCACGCGUCGCCACACCAGACGGGGUUAAGCUGGAGGAAGAAGAAGAAGACGUCCCGGAGGAAGAGGACUGGGACUCCGAGGAGGUGUCUGCGGGCGGCGACUUCGCGUCCGGCUACGAGGUGCUGCAGGAGCUGGGCAAGGGCCGGUACGGCGUGGUGCACCUGGUGCGCCACCGGCGCUCGCAGCGCCUCUUCGCCGGCAAGUUCCUGCGCUGCGUGAAGGCUGCCGACCGCGACAAGGCGCGCGCCGAGGUCGACAUCAUGCGCCGCCUCAGGCACCCCAAGCUGCUGCGCCUCGCCGCCGUCUUCGAGGCGCCGCGCGAGGUGGUCGUCGUCACCGAGUAUAUAUCUGGAGGCGAGCUGUUUGAGAGAGUAGUCGCAGAUGACUUCACAUUAACUGAAAGAGACUGUGUGCUCUUUAUGCGUCAAAUAUGUGAGGGAGUCCAGUAUAUGCACCAGAAUUCUGUUGCACAUCUUGAUCUGAAGCCAGAAAACAUCAUGUGCCGUACACGUACAUCUCACCAGAUCAAGCUGAUCGAUUUUGGUCUUGCAAGAAUCUUGACACCAGGGAAACCAGAGAGAGUUCUGUUUGGCACCCCUGAAUUCAUACCACCAGAAAUUAUAAAUUAUGAGCCCAUUGGUUUUGAAUCAGAUAUGUGGUCUGUUGGCGUUAUCUGCUACGUCCUGCUGUCCGGCUUGUCACCAUUCAUGGGUGACAAUGACAUAGAGACAUUUGCCAAUAUAACGAGAGCAGAUUAUGAUUUUGAUGAUGAAGCUUUUGAUGCAAUUUCUCAGGAUGCCAAAGAUUUCAUCAGUGAACUUCUAGUAAAGAGAAAAGAGAAAAGGUUGACUGCUGAACAGUGCCUGCAACAUCGCUGGUUAACACAGAUGACAGAUGCAAUCAGCUGUGUCAGGCUGUGUACUGAUAAACUUAAGAAAUUCAUUAUACGGCGCAAGUGGCAGAAAACAGGCAAUGCAAUUCGUGCUCUGGGUCGAAUGGCUACCUUGUCAGCUGCAACGAGACGCAAUUCGACAGCUAGUGGAGGUGGAAGCUCACCUCGACCCAGCCUUUCAGGACCGGAUGAGGUAGCAGUAGUUGCUGCUGCAGGAUCCAACAAUCGGCGGCCUCGAGCUUUCAGUGAGCGCAGUGACAGUGGUAUAAGUGACUGCUCUGUCAGUGUACCCUAUGCAGCGGGGUCUCGUUGUCUAGCUGUCACUGAAGAACACGAGGAAGAAGAGGAAGGUAACACAGGUAGUGAAACUGACAAUGAGAGUACUUGUGCAGCUAGAAGCAGCAAAACUGCAGGAGCGCACUCAACAGAUAGUUUUGUGACCAAAAAUGUUGAAUGUCUGGAAGUUCUCUCUGAGAAAAUAGACAAUAUUGCAGUGGAUGGAACAGAGGAAGCUGAAAAUAAUACUGAAAUUGCACUGUCCCUGACAAAUAGUGUAACACCUGUUAAGAACUUAAAAUUUGCUAUGGGAGAUGAUAACAAGGAUGAUGAUUGUGACAUUAAUGAUUUUAAUUAUUCUUCCACAGCCUCCAUGCCCUCCAGCUGUAACAAGAAGACAGCCAGCCUGAAGCACCAGAAUUCUGCAGAUUCUGGAGUGCACCUUGAGGUGGUAAGCAGCAGCAGCAGGAACUCCUGCAGUGGCACCGUUAAGAGCAAGGUGACAGCAUUCCAGCAGAUGGCCAGUGCUGGCAACCGUUCUCCUGUCACAGGUGAAAUGGCAAAAACUCACUCUGGAUCUGCUAUUACUGCCUCAAGAGAACACAGCACCAACUUCCAGAAAGCAGCCGCUUUCUGGAAGAGGUAGCACAGGACAAUAAAUGUGUGCAUAAGUACAAAGUGCAGCUGUCUUUCUGUGAAUAUGAACUAUUUAUAUGUUGAUAAGUUAUUAAUAACUGUACAAUAAUUCUGACAACUCAAAGCAUGUUUAAAUCUAAAUUACAAUGAAUUCCAUCAUGCCAUAUACUGUCUAAAGAUAUAUACAAUGAUGAACAAUAUAAACUACUACAAAUGUAUUUUUAAAAAAAUUAUUUCUUCGUGGAAAAUUUUCUGUUUUGCUCGUUGUCAAGUGUGCAUGUUCAUAUAAACUUUUGUUGUUUGAAUAUUGCAAAAGUUUGUGAUUUGUACAUAGCCAAUACCUCAGUUUCUGUAACAUCCAUUUCAAAAAAUGUAUGUUCCCGUCAGUGUAUAGCAUAGUCAACCAUUAGCGCUCUACCUGUUCACAAAUACAAAAAGCUGAACUGUAAUGUUCUUAAACCAAAUUUAAAAUAAAAUUUAUGAUACUGUCA